CAGACAGUCUACGUUUGGUCAAAACACCGGUGUUAAUUCCAACGGUGACUACCCAAUCAUGAAGACCAGUAGCAGCAGUCCUGUUUUUGGGAUGUCUUGGCUUCUCAAGAUGUCUCCUGAUAAGCAGGACACCCUACUUAAGAUGUCUAUCCUCACUAUAGCUGGAAUCUUGUCUUUUUCCACAAGGCUGUUUUCUGUGUUGAGAUUUGAGAGUGUUAUCCACGAAUUUGAUCCCUACUUCAAUUAUCGUACAACACGUUACCUGACAGAAGAAGGCUUCUACCAAUUCCAUAACUGGUUUGAUGACCGAGCCUGGUACCCACUGGGCCGUAUCAUUGGGGGAACCAUCUAUCCAGGUUUGAUGGUGACCUCUGCGGCAUUGUAUCAUGUGAUGAACUUUUUCCACAUCACCAUUGACAUCAGGAAUGUUUGUGUGUUUCUGGCUCCUCUCUUCUCCAGUCUAACCACACUCGUCACUUACCACUUCACCAAGGAGCUCAAGGAUGCUAGUGCGGGUCUAGUAGCAGCAGCCAUGAUUUCCAUAGUCCCAGGUUACAUCUCCCGUUCAGUGGCUGGGUCUUACGAUAACGAGGGUAUUGCCAUCUUCUGUAUGUUGUUGACUUACACCCUGUGGAUAAAGGCAGUGAAGACAGGCUCCAUUUUCUGGGGAUGCUUGUGUGCUCUAGCUUACUUCUACAUGGUGUCAUCUUGGGGAGGAUAUGUGUUUCUCAUCAACUUGAUCCCUCUUCACGUUCUUGCCCUGAUGAUGACUGGCCGAUUCUCUCAUCGCAUCUAUGUUGCAUACUCCUCGGUGUACUGCUUGGGAACAAUCCUGUCCAUGCAGAUCUCUUUUGUGGGUUUCCAGCCUGUACAAUCCAGUGAACACAUGGCUGCCUUCGGCGUGUUUGGUCUCUGUCAGAUACAUGCUUUUGUUGACUACAUUCGAUCCAAAUUGACCUCUGAGCAGUUCAACACCUUAUUUAGGAGCAUCAUCCUCUUGGUCGGAAUUCUGGGAACAACUGCUGCAGCCAUUGCCACAGCAACUGGCAAAAUCUCGCCAUGGACUGGACGUUUCUACUCCUUGCUGGACCCAUCCUACGCCAAAAACAACAUCCCCAUCAUUGCGUCUGUAUCCGAACAUCAGCCAACCACAUGGAGUUCCUUCUACUUUGACCUUCAGCUUCUUGUUUUCAUGUUCCCGGUGGGUCUCUACUUCUGUUUCACUCACUUGACUGAUGCCAACAUCUUCAUCAUCAUGUACGGAGCCACCAGUAUCUACUUCGCGGGUGUCAUGGUGCGUCUGAUGUUGGUCCUGGCUCCAGUUAUGUGUAUCCUCUCAGGAAUCGGUAUCUCGGCCACUCUCAUAUCGUAUAUGAAGAACUUGGACAUCACAAAGAAAGCCAAGAAGGCCAAGAAAGGGGAGAUAACCAACUAUCCAUUUAAGAAUGAGGUAGCCUCGGGUGUGGUUUUUAUGAUCACAGCCUUCCUCAUCACUUACACCUUCCAUUGUACCUGGGUGACCUCUGAAGCCUACUCCAGUCCUUCCAUCGUCCUCUCCGCUCGGGCUGGAGAUGGUGGCAGAAUUAUAUUCGACGACUUCAGAGAGGCUUACUACUGGCUGAGACACAACACCGCUGAGGAUGCAAAGGUUAUGUCUUGGUGGGAUUAUGGUUAUCAGAUAACAGCGAUGGCCAACAGGACUAUACUGGUGGACAAUAACACGUGGAACAACACACACAUAUCGCGUGUUGGUCAGGCCAUGUCAUCAACAGAAGAUAAAGCAUAUGAAAUAAUGCGUGAAUUAGAUGUUAAUUACGUGCUUGUCAUCUUUGGUGGAUUGACAGGGUAUUCCUCUGAUGAUAUCAACAAGUUCCUGUGGAUGGUUAGGAUUGGAGGGAGCACAGAUCGAGGAGCUCACAUAAAGGAAUCUGACUACUAUACACCACAGGGAGAGUUCCGUAUUGAUAAAGACGGUUCCCCGACCCUCCUUAACUGUCUGAUGUACAAAAUGUGCUAUUACAGGUUCGGGUCAGUCUACACAGAGGGAGGAAAACCCACUGGUUACGACCGAGUACGUAAUGCUGAAAUUGGAAACAAAGAUUUUGAACUUGAUGUUUUAGAAGAAGCUUACACAACAGAGCACUGGCUCGUCCGCAUUUACAAAGUGAAAGAUUUAGACAACAGGGGACUCUAAACAGUGUUGUAGCUGUCAGAAAAGACAUUUAUUUUUAAUAUACUGACAUGUAAUUAUGCUGAUGAUAGACAUUUCUCACUGGAAGUAUUUAAUAUCAUAUGAGUGCAGUUCAUGUAACAUCCAGUUUUUAUAAAUCCUACAUAACAUUUUGUCUCAAGAUUUUAAAAAAAGUAAUAUGUUCAGUUGAAGAGAUAUUUAAGAAUCAAUUUAUUAAGGUUAAGAUUGAAAGGAAACUGUUUGUGGUUGUCUCAAUUAUUGUGACUGGGGAUAUUUUUUUCUAUCAGUUUUGUGAAAAGACCCCAAAAAACAAGGAAAUUUUAAAAAGAGUGAUGGGAGUGAGAAGAUUUUCGAUUUAAUUUAAGAUUCAUGGAACAACAGGAAAGUUUAUAACUUUUACAUUCAAGCCACAUUUAUCUCCACUCUUGUCAUCCAGAAGUUUACAAUCCAGGCAUUUGUUCUUGAGAACUGAUUUUCAAAACUAUAAUUGUGUGUUGAGUUGUAAAGUCAUAUAAAGAAAUAUUGUGCCUGUUCUUUCUUUCCUUGAAAUCUGUGUUGUAUUCAGGUUAUAAAAGUUUUCAUUCUUUGAUCCUUAAAAUAUGACUAAACGCAAACAUUGAUAAAUAAAAAACAGAACCAGCUCUACAUUGCAUGGAUGAAAGUGUUCAGUAUUGAUACUGAAUUAGUGUUUUGAAAAUAUUAUGCCUAUGUAAAUUUUGACAAAACCAGCUAUUUCAGUAUUUGAGGAACCGGGACACUUAACCCAUGACAUUGUCCCUCACACUUUUUAUAAAGACAGGUUCAGAACCAGACAUAGAGAUCUUUAAUAGAAGAACCUAUGCAUAUGUCACAUAAAGCAAAAUUUGGUAUCUCAAAGCCUGUUUCAGAAUUUUAAUUUGUUAAGUGUAAAGAAUGACUUCACUUUAGUUUAUAAGCUAUGAUACAAAUUUGGUUUAAAGUGGGAUUCUAUACUGCUGGAGUAGCUUGUGUCUCCAUCUGCUGACAGGGACUGGUGAUGUUCUCAAUAUUUAUUGAGGCAGAUUCCAUGUUUCUGAUCAUCUUACAGAUGAGUUUAUUCUUUUUGGCAAAAAACAAAAUAAUUAAUUUGAAGUUGAACAAAUAUACAAACUAUAAACAUCCAUAUUUUAGCCACUAUAAUUGAAGUACGUAUAUCUAAUUUCAGCAUAAAGCACAAUAAUAAUUUAGGUAAUGUUUUCAGUGCACUGCUAAAAUUCAAAAAGAUGCUAUUUUAAUCCAUAUUUAAGGUGUACAAGGAUAGUUAUCGAGGUUGCCAUGUUUUGUAAUUUUGUUUACAACAUUUUUGUUUGACUGAAGUGCUACUACUGGUCUUUUGACACAACAAGCUUUAAUCAGUCAAUAAUGAAAUUUAAUAAUAACAGGAUUCCCAUUCUUCAUACUUCAGUAUCUUUUCUGAAAUUAUGAUUUUCUCCACCAUUUCUUAUUGUAGUGGCUAACUUGAAGGAGAAAUUGUGAAGUUUUAACUUUUUCAGAUUCACAAAAUGCUUAGCUUUAAUUCUGCAGUAGUGCUACUGACAUUUAAAAACCUUAAGUAUAUUAUCUACUUAAACAAUGACCAGAGAACAUGGAAAGAAUUUCAGUAUUUGGUGAAUAUGCAUUCCUAGAGAAAAUGAAGACUAGUAGUGAAAGAGAGUGUACUUGUCUCUGUGUUAGAGCUUUGUUUAGGUCAUCACAUCUCGUUAUUAACUGUUAGGGUGAACAUUGUAUACUUUCAUUGUCAGAAAUAAAGUUAUCUUUUAUUUAA